GCUCUCUCCCCCAAAACCUGUGGCAGCUUGCCCUCUUCUCCCUUCUCCCUUCUCCCUUCUCCGGUGACGCAGGCUCGCCAAGCAUGAUCCCGUCGCCGUCGCAGCCGCCGCCUGCGGCUCUCUUCCCCGACCUCAACCUCGAUCUCAGCCUCGUUCCCUUCCCCAAGAUCGAGCCCAAGACUGAGCCGGCAGAUCAUCUCUGCCCGACAGAAAUUGGUCCCGCCGGCCCAAUCGAGCUUUUCUUCCCUCCUCCCAGCCCUAUCCCCGGCGCUAGUACCUUCCUGGACUCCUCUUCCGUCGAAGAUAAGACCGCCCUCUUCUCCGAGUACCUCCGCCUCGCCAGCCUGUUCGCCUCUGCUGCCUCCUCCGCCGACCAGAACCCUAUUUCCAUAGUCCCUGCUCCACCGAAUCUGCCUCUUGAUACCGACCCUAGCUCCUCAGCCAUCUCCGCCUCUCGCAAGAAGCGUAAGGCUCGAUCGGCUGAGAUGGUGCGCGCUUCCUCGCUCAACGUCAGCGACCUGGUUCACUACCGCGACAUCGUUCGCCGAACCCGGAUCACGUACGACUCCCUCCGUGCCUUUUUGCUCCGGGAGGAAGAGAAGGUAGACGGCUUUGAUGCAAACUGGGGCAAAAAGAUUCGCCCUGACCUCAAGGCGUCGACCCUCAUGGCCGAUCGCGAUCUUUGGCUCAACCGCGACAGGAGAAUCAUCGGCUCCAUUCCUGGCGUCCGCGUCGGUGACGUCUUCCUCUUACGCGCGGAGCUUUGCGUGCUCGGCUUGCACGGGCUUCCUCAGGCAGGAAUCGAUUACGUUCCGGCUAGUCGGAGUGCUACUGGCGAGCCCAUCGCCACCAGCAUUAUUGUGUCCGGUGGCUACGAGGAUGACGAGGAUAGUGGCCUCAUGCUCGUCUACACUGGCCAAGGUGGCCGUGGCCCUAACAUGUUCAGGCAUUGCACGGAUCAGAAACUGGAAGGAGGAAAUCUUGCUCUAGAAAGGAGCAUGAAUUAUGGCAUUGAAAUUCGAGUAAUUCGUGGUAUUAAGUGUCGUCAGAGUCCUGCAGGAAAAAUAUAUUUCUACGAUGGUCUUUACAAGAUCGUCAAUUCCUGGAUGGACGUAGGCAAGUCUGGGUUUGGCAUUUGCAAGUACAAGCUUUUGAGAAUUGAAGGCCAGGAGGAGAUGGGAAGUGAAAUUCUUAGGCUUGCAGAAGAGUUGAAGGUGAAUCCAUUGGGUGUCAGACCAACUGGUUACUUGAGUUUUGAUAUCUCAAUGGGUAAGGAGAAUUUCCCUGUUUCAUUGUUUAAUAACAUAGAUGACGAUCAGGCACCAUUGCUCUUUCAAUACCUUGCCCACCCAGUUUUCCCAGCUGAAGCUUUUCAAGGGAAGGUAAACGCUGAUGCAGGAAAUGGGUGUGAAUGCAUCUCGAACUGCUCAGCAGGAUGUUACUGUGCCAAGAAAAAUGGCGGACACUUUGCAUAUGAUGCAAAUGGAUUUCUUGUGAGGGGGAAGCCAGUGAUUUAUGAGUGUGGUCCCUCAUGUCGCUGUCCACCGAGUUGUCCCAACAGAGUGAGUCAAAAAGGGGUGAAGCAUCAGUUAGAGGUGUUUAGGUCAAAUGAGACAGGAUCAUGGGGAGUGAGAUCAUUGGAUUUGAUUCUAGCAGGGACAUUCAUUUGUGAGUUCAGCGGCAUUAUACAAACUGGUCAACAAACUGAGAUUCUUUCAACCAAAGGCCACUGUUUAGUGCAUCCUGGCCAGUUUCCUGGAAGAUGGGUUGAAUGGGGAGACAUUUCAGAUGUCAUUCCUGAAUAUGUUUCACCAAACUUUCCAUUCUUGCCAAGGCUGAACUUCUCUAUCGAUGUUUCAAAAUCGAGGAAUGUUGCAUGUUAUCUGAGUCAUAGUUGUAGGCCAAAUGUGUUUGCACAGUUUGUACUAUAUGAUCACAAUAAUUUGUUAUAUCCUCAUGCUAUGAUCUUCGCAAUGGAGAACAUACCUCCAUUGAGGGAACUGAGUAUUGAUUAUGGGGUUGGAGAACCUGUGGAGAAACUAACAAUGUAGUGGUGACUUAGACGUUCAGAGUGAGAUUUUGAAGUCAAAUUAUGUUGUUUUUUUAUAGCAUGCCAUCAAUGGGGCAUACAGUCCAAUGGUUCAUUGACCAAGUUAAAUCUCAUGGAGUCAAGAUUCCAAAAGAUAUGUUCUCUCUGGGAGCUAAUGACUAUCUAUAUCACUACUGCACCUGUUCGUUCUACAAAAAGAAAAAGAAAAGAAAAAAAAAGAAGAAAAUCUGCUAGAAAUUUUGUCAAGCUUCAGAAGAUGCAUGCCACUAAUGGCACACAGAAGAUGUAGUUUUGUAAAACUGGAAGAGCUGGAGCUUGAAACUUUCAAGUAGUUUAAGCAUCAGAUGUAUUUGGCCCACAUGUAUAUGUUUGUACAGUGUAAUGAUGCUUUCUUGUGGACAAUCUGCGCCCAUGUUCAAUUGUUUGAUUGUGAAACCUGGAUAAGUGGUUUCUUUUGGUGAAGCAAAUUUGAAGGAAUGCAAUCUUAUUCCAAAGUGGGUCUUCAAGAUGUACAGUUGCUCUGAUUAUCAAGAUGAUCAAUUGGGAGUGCAAUCUGUAGAACUCAAUGGUUAUUAAUAAGACCUUUUAGUUGUUACUUAUGUAUUCAUUUUGCUUUUGACUCUGUGGUUAGGAAUUUGAUUAAUAAUAUUAGAAGUCAGUAUUUUCCCUUUUU